UUGAGCACUUUGUGUACAUCAUCACUUCCCCGAACUUCCUCCAAGGUGGUGGUGAUAGUGGUGGUGGUGCAAGUGUUUUAGUGCUGCUGGGGUCUCUGACACCUGCUAACUCUGCUUACUGAGACACGAGAGCCACACUAGCCCAGCCUAUGCGUAGCACAUGGCUUUGAAAUGACCUGGACCGCACCGGCCGCUUGGUGACCCAAUGGCAGGUACCCAGCUGUCACCCGGCGGCCCUCACCUGACCUGCUUACUGGCACCACCUGAAGGCACGUGGACAAGGGACAGACAAGCUUGGGAACCUGGUGGGAAGGCAAACCUAACAACUGAGGGUUUCACCCCCCUCUCUGGACCCCCCUUAAGGACACUAUAGUGGAACCAGACUAAAUUAAUACUUGGGAUGUUGGCUGUUCCUGUCCCACAUAGGUGUCACGUUCAUAGGACAUGCCCUGCUGGCCAUGGUCAGGUCAGGUCACUCCGGGUACGAGGUGGCAACAGUAUGGAGAGGCACAGUGAACACCCCAAAUACCAAAUUAGUCAGGUUCCAUUAUAACCUAACCUACCCAGGGGGAAGCUUUACCCCCUCAUCCUUGGACCUCACAUUAAGGACACUGACUUAACCUAACUUUACCUAACCAAACCUUACCUAGUUUGGGGGGGAGAGGGGUUUGACCGCCCUGGACCCUCCUUUAAGGACACUAACCUAACCCAACUAUUUACCUUAAUAGAAAGUGGAAGGUUCAGGGUGUGGUUGGUUGACCUCCUCCUUCCUCACCCUCAAAGGGUACUGGUGCCACUGAUUGUUCAGCACUCGAUUGAUUUUGGCAAAACACAUGCAAUCUUCAGAAAUGUAUACCCAAGUCAUCUUACUUAUAAAAUCCUGGUACUUAAAUCUACAUCCACUGCACCUGGCUACCAUAGUGAGACUGGGUACCCUUGUGGUUAGCCAGCUGACUGCUAAAGCUGCCACAUAUACACGUGAUGAUCAGCCAAAAAUAAUUGGCAUAUUGGCCAGAAGUAAAUGACAUUUAGUGGCAUUCUAAUAUGUCAUUAAUAAGACACCUCUCAUUGGCUGAACAAAAGAGAUACAAGAGAGCAUGUGCCAUUCUAUACUGGAAACCAACACACACACAUUACACUGUAUCCCUGCAAGUGAGCCUCAUCAGCAUUGACUUAGAAUUUGUGAUGCAGUGCAAGAUGGAUCACAUUACUGUAAUGUAACCAUGCACGACCCCAAAACAAAUUCCCCACACACGUGUUGUACAGUUGUGUGAAGCACCAAACUGAAAUCAUCUGGAAGAAUUAUGAAGAGGCAAAUAAACAUCCAAAUGGAAAAAGUCAUUGAACUUCCAAAAAGUUUAUCUAUUCUGGAAGUUGCAUUAUCAGCCUAGAAAAUGUUAUGAAAGUGAAAACUAGUGAUGAAAGAGUUUCUAAGAAAAUACUUUUAAUUUCUUUUCAUGAUUUGCAUCCAAAACAGACAGUGAUGCUGUGUAUGCCUUUCAUUGCAGAAAACAAUGUUACAUAGAAGGACUUGAGGACAUCAUUGUACAUGUAAAUGUGUUGUGCAAGUUUUAAGGAUUACACUGCAUUUCAUCUCAGACAGAGACAAUGUUACCUGUUACUAUUGAUGUGGAGGAUACCAAGCCUCUCCUGGCACCUGUCAGUCGCACGAAACUCAAAGAUUUGCUAAGUAGUGUUAUUCGUCUCAUUCUUUCAGACUCAGAUUCCCGCAAUCUUUUCUUCUUCUUGCUUUUGAAUCUGACAUUUGGGUUUGUUGAACUGAUCUAUGGAGUGUGGACCAACAGUCUGGGCCUUAUUUCAGAUGCCUUCCAUAUGUUCUUUGAUUGUUCUGGUCUGCUGGUGGGCCUCGCUGCCAAAGUCAUCACCAAGUGGAGAGCAAAUGAACGUUUUACUUAUGGAUAUGUGAGGGCAGAGAUCUUAGGUGGCUUCAUCAAUGGGCUGCUACUGUUGUUUGUCUCUUUCUUCAUCUUUGCAGAAAGUGUAGAGCGCCUUAUUGAGCCUCCUGAGGUGAAGCAUGAGCGCCUCUUUGUUGUGUCUGUCCUAGGCUUCUUUGUUAACCUCAUUGGGAUCUUUGCAUUCCAGCAUGGGGGAGGCCAUGGUCAUUCUCAUGGUGGUCAUGGCCACUCGCAUGGUGGUCAUGGCCAUUCACAUGGGGAUCAUGGCCACUCACAUGGGGACAGCCACCAUGGUCAUUCCCACAAUGGCCAUGCACAUCAUGGUCAUUCCCAUGGUGGGGGUGCACCAUCACAAAUCAUGCAAGGAGUGUACUUACACAUCCUGGCAGAUACCUUGGGAUCAAUUGGAGUCAUAGUGUCAUCUAUUCUUAUGUACCUAUUUGGAUGGAUGAUUGCUGACCCCAUCUGCUCCCUCUUCAUAGCAGUGUUGAUCCUAGUCAGUGUACUUGGUCUCCUUCGGAACUCCGUGGAAAUCUUGAUGCAGCGGCAACCCCGGGAGUUGGACGACUUGCUACCAAACUGCUUCUACAGGAUUCGUGCAUUACCAGGAGUGUUCAGUGUCCAGGAACCCCAUUUCUGGACAUUAUGUUCUGGACAGUAUGUGGGGAAUGUGAAACUGGAGGUGUCUGGUGCAGCAGACCCAAGAUAUCUGGUGCAACAGACUCGGGCCAUCUUUUCCACGGUGGGUGUAACACAGCUCUACAUUCAGCUGGACUACACAACCAUGUAGCACCAACUAUAGGUAUAGGAAAUAUUUAUGAAUUCCCAUAUAACAAUUUCUUAAGUUAUCACCUAAUGUGGGCUUCUUCCAGAAAGAUCUCCAUAGAUAAUCUGAAAUCAAAUUCAUGUCACGUAAAUGUUUAUAAAAGUUUAUGAAUUAGAAUGUUAUACGGACAAUGGUGGUUUUAGUGUUUAGGUUUGCUGGAGAGCUUUUGUGAAUUAGAGGACCAACAAAGCUUUUUGUAGGAGUGCAAGACUUGCCUUAUAUUUAUAUUGUCUUGUACCCCUGUGAGGCUCUCCCAUAGCAACAGUCCUUCCUGCUACAUCCAGCUACCCUUCAUCACACAUCUUGGAAACCUGACACAUUUUAUUUAUUUCUGAUUAACCGUAAGAUUUUGUCAUGAAUGUAUUAAUAGCACAGAAUCUCUUCUUAAGGUCACACAAGGAACUUCAGUUUACAUUGGUUAUUCUUUAAAUAUUUUUUUAUAACUGAUCUAUUCAUAAGUACUGCAUUUUCCACUCUUGAGCUCUCCAAGAAGUAUAAGCAGAUUACUCUUAACAUCACUGCUCAGGUAGUAACAAGCUGUCUUGCAUUAUGUUACAUGUUAAGUAAGACUCAGUUAUGCAGAGAACCAUACAUGUUACCUCCUGUAAGAAUAAUAAGUGUGGAUGGUUGGUCUUUAGUUAUGGUGAAUUUUGUAUCAUCUUUGAUGCCCCAUCACUCAUUAGGGAGCUUCCAGGAAAUGAUCAUUGCAGAAAUGCUUCCAAGGAUACCUUGUCAAUAUUUGUUCAUUUACAUUUCUCCUAUACCCCAUAUUUAUUCACUUACAUUCUGAUCUAGUGUAUUCUUUAUAAAACUUUAUUCCUUUCCCAUUCAUACUACUUUAUUUCCACUUUUUUCAGUUACUUUUUUUCAGCUUCUCUCCAGAUAUGGUCAAACUGUUGUACCACAUACCUUCCUAUUCAUUUUGGAUAUGGAGACAUUUUUACAACUAGUCUGCAUUCACAUAAAUUGUCCAGUUUUAUUCAUUUCUUAUUAUUUUCCCAUACAUUUGGUCCUCCAUAAUCAUCUAUGUAGUAAAGUGUAUUUCUUGUAACACAAUAGCUUGGAAAGCAGAAUGCUUCACCAGAAUAUAUUUUUGUAAAUUAUACAUACUGCAGGUGUAGUUGUAAUGAUAUAUAUGCAUUAAUUUCUUGUUCAGAGAUGAAUUGCAUGUUUGUAGAAGUGCUAUAUUCAGUGUAUCAUUGUCCAACCACUAACUUCCUUCCAAACAUAACACCAAGAAAAUUUAUAGAUUUUAAAAUGUGAUACUGGACCCUUUUUUGCAUAAUGUUUCAUUGCAAAAUAAUUGUUAAUGAAGUUUUGAAAAGUAUUUUUUGAGUUAUGCAACCGUACAAGAUGUUGAGUGUUUUUCAUGUUGAUGUAGUCACAGCCUUGGAUUCUCAUUUCUUUGGUCACUUCAUAUUGCAUUGAUACUGAAGGAUGGGGUACAUCAGACACUACUUAGGAGUAUUUGUUUUAUACUUGACAUUUCCUCUGAAAAAUCUGUGAUUGUAGAUUCUUAAUUUUGCAAUAUCAAAAUCAUUGACUCUGCUUCAGUAAAAUACCUGCAGUCACUUAAUACUUUGGGCAUUAAAGUUGGUGAGGGAGUAUCUACUUUGUGUACUCACCUUCUCCAUUUAAGAUAAUGCUCUCUAAAGGAUAUUUGUCUGUCAUUACAGUUUGAAGUCAUUCUCAUAAAUCCACAUACCACAGACACACCCACCAGGUGUAUUAUUUGCUGACUAACUUGCCCCAAAAGUGGUCUUCCAGCAAAUUAGACGUGUAUUCAUUGCAUGAGUCAGAAGAAAAAUGUUCCUUACAUAUUUAUCACAAAACUUCAUAAAAUAAAUUUUUUGAUUGUACAUGACUAUAUUUGUUAAACAUUAAGAAUCCAGUGAUUUUAUUGUGUAUAUGGUGCAAGAUUGUGUAAAAGUUUCGUGAGUGAGUUUUGGGUGAAAGGUAUGUAGUCUUUGCCUACUGGAUUGAAUAGGGUACCUACAUUCCUUUUUAUAGGUGAUGGUUUGAAGAGUUUAUAUUAAAAAAAUGUAAAUUAAA